GUUCAGUGUGUCAUGCUCAAAAAGUAUUGUGUUUAGUUCAUACUUCAUACUCUUUUCAUGUGUACAAGUGUGGUGCAGUAUUUUUUAUUUCACGUACAAAAAUGAGUGACAACGUGGUGAAUGGAAUUGAAAAACUAGAUAUUAAAAAUCAGGAUAAGGCUGCAAAAAUGAAACAAAAUAAAGAAAAAAAAUCAGGUGGUGGUGAUAAUGCAUCAAAAGUAAAAGAAUUAAAACCGUGGCCGUCUUAUAUACAAGAUCGUUUAGAUUUAUGGGAUAAGUUAAAAGUUAAAUAUGAAGAAGAAUUAGCAUCGAAACCACAAUUACCAAUUAAAGUUACCCUUCCAGAUGGAAAACAAGUUGAUGCCGUUGCUUGGAAAAGUACUGCUUAUGAUGUUGCAAAAAGUAUUAGCCAGGGGCUAGCAGAUAAUACAAUUAUAGCAAAAGUGAAUAAUGUUUUAUGGGAUUUGGAUCGUCCUUUGGAAGGAGAUUGUAAACUAGAAUUAUUAAAGUUUGAUGAUUCUGAUGCACAAGCUGUAUUUUGGCAUUCAUCAGCGCAUAUUUUAGGCGAAGCUUUGGAACGUGUAUAUGGUGGGCAUUUAUGUUAUGGUCCUCCAAUUGAGUCUGGUUUUUAUUACGACAUGUUUUUAGACAGUGCGGGCAUUUCAAACUUAGACUUUCCUUGUCUUGAAACCUUAAUGAAAGGGAUUGUAAAAGAAAAACAGCCAUUCGAAAGGCUGGAAGUAUCCAAGGAAGAUUUAUUAGAGAUGUUUAAAUAUAAUCAAUUUAAAGUACGCAUUUUAAAUGAGAAAGUUAAAACUCCAAAAACUACGGUUUAUCGUUGUGGUCCAUUAAUUGAUUUAUGUGUUGGACCCCACAUAAGACACACUGGCAAAGUCAAAGCUUUAAAAGUAACGAAGAAUUCCUCUGCGUAUUGGGAAGGAAAAGCAGAUGCAGAAACUUUACAACGAAUUUAUGGCAUAAGUUUUCCCGAUACGAAACAAUUAAAAGAAUGGGAGAAGUUACAAGAAGAAGCUGCAAAACGUGAUCAUCGAAAACUUGGUAGAGAACAAGAAUUAUUCUUUUUCCAUGAAUUAUCGCCAGGAUCGUGCUUUUUCCAACCACGUGGAGCUCACAUUUACAAUACACUUGUGGAAUUUAUUCGCAAAGAAUAUCGUAAACGAGGAUUCCAAGAAGUUGUAACACCAAAUAUUUACAACGCUAAAUUAUGGCAAACUUCAGGUCAUUGGGCUCAUUAUGCUGAAAACAUGUUUUCGUUUGAAGUAGAAAAAGAUACUUUUGCUCUAAAACCCAUGAAUUGUCCAGGACAUUGUCUAAUUUUUGAUAAUCGUAAUCGAUCAUGGCGUGAAUUACCUUUACGAUUGGCUGAUUUUGGAGUUCUCCAUCGAAAUGAAUUAUCUGGUGCUCUUACAGGUCUUACUAGAGUAAGACGUUUUCAACAAGAUGAUGCACAUAUAUUCUGUACCUCCGAACAAAUUAGAGAUGAAAUGUUGGGAGCACUCAACUUUUUGAAAUAUGUAUAUGGAGUAUUUGGAUUUACAUUCCAAUUGUGUCUAUCAACCAGGCCGGAAAAAUAUUUGGGAGAUAUAGAAGUUUGGAAUCAAGCAGAAAAAGCUUUAGAAGACAGCUUAAAUGCAUUUGGUGAACCAUGGAAAAUAAAUCCCGCGGACGGUGCUUUCUAUGGUCCAAAAAUUGAUAUUACCAUCAUGGAUGCAUUAAAACGUCCACAUCAAUGUGCAACAAUUCAAUUAGAUUUUCAAUUACCAAUCCGAUUUAAUUUAUCAUACAUCAAUGAAAGUGGUGAAAAAGUUAAACCUGUAAUUAUUCAUCGUGCAAUUUUGGGCUCAGUUGAACGUAUGAUUGCUAUUUUAACCGAAUCGUAUGCUGGAAAAUGGCCAUUCUGGAUAUCUCCUAGACAAAUAAUGGUAAUUCCUAUCGGACCGGUAUUUGAUGAUUAUGCUCAGUCUGUGAAAGAUCAAUUAUUUGAGGCCGGUUUCUUAUGUGAAGUGGAUAUUGAUGCUGGUGAUACUAUGAAUAAGAAAGUUCGAAAUGCUCAAUUAGCACAAUUUAAUUUUAUUUUGGUGGUUGGCGAAAAAGAAAAAACCAACGGUACAGUAAAUGUACGAACUCGUGACAAUGUGGUGCACGGAGAAUAUUCCAUUGCAGAUUUAAUACAGAAACUUCAACAUCUGAAAGAUAAUCAUGUAUUAAAGAGUGAAGAUAAACUUUAAUUUUUUUUUAACUAUUUUAUAUUUAUAUAUUUAUGUUAAAUUAUUCUGCUUUCAUAAAUAAACUUGAUAGUAUUCAAUGGA